UGGAUAACGUUUUAUUAUAAACGGUUCCCUUUGCAAUUCUUAUGUAUAACACAUAAAAUAUUCUGACAAGGGGUCCCAUGGCACAAACCCUGAUGUGAUGUUCCAGAGUCCUGCACUUGGAACAAAAAGACCUAAAUUGCACCUUAACUCUGUUCUUUCCGGGUGACCCUGUUUAAUUCACUUCCAUCUCUCUGGGCCUCAGUUUCCUCUUCUGUAAAAUGCUGGGUUUGGGAUAUCCGAUUUCUAAAGUCCCUGCCCUACAUCUAAGAAUGCUCGGAACCUCUGACCUGCCCCCAAGGGUCCCCAGCCUUCUCGUAGCCUUGUGAUCUCACAGCACCAUUCUCUCGUUAAGGGUAUCCUUCUAAGCCACCGUAGAUGAAAGAUUAUUCCUAUCAGUGGGGCACAAGUUGAAGACCCGAGGGUGCCUGAGAAAUUCCAGAAGACUUCAUUACUUCUGUGGCCACGACUCGGGCACAUCCUCAUCUCUGCCCCGAAUGUUUAAACAGCAGAAGUGAAAACCAAGUCCAAAAAGAAAAACUGAGUCAUAAGACAACUUUUCUUCUACUCUGACCGCAGCCCAACUUGGAGCAGGUCGCUGACUGGUUGGUUCCCUUAGUUGAUUGGUCGGCGCUCGUCCUCACGUGACACUUCUGGUCUUUGGUUGGCUGCUAGUUCAAUUUCCCCCGCCCCCUCGGAGGGUGAGUACCCGUGCUUGGAGCGAGGCUGGGGGCAGAGAAGCCUCUUGGUUUCCUUGCCUACGGGAGGAGGCUCUUAGUACGCAGCAGGCCUGGGUCUUGGAACCCCGGGCCUUGCUUGCUAUAGCGGGAAGGUUGGGAGCUCGGGAAAGAGAGUCAGGAACGGUCUGGAAUUACACUGGAAGCCCCCGUCCCACUUUGAAGAAGGUGAGUGUACCCUUCGGCCCUCUAUUCCCACUACCCCCUGCACAGGGGCUCCAGGAAACUUUGAGACCCCCUGAAAAGGGUUUGAAGCCCAGCGGGAGGCCCAGGGUGGGAGGUAUCCGUUGUCCUAGUCCUCCCUACAACCUGCCGUGGAGCUAAUGAUGCUUUCCUUUCUGGGUAGCCUCGGUCAUUGAGGCAAAGUAUCUGUUCUUCAGGGUGCUGAAGAGAACUCAAGUCGUUUUAAAAAUUAGGAGAGAGAAUGAAAUUAGCUUUUAUAUAGCGCCCUCUAUGGGAGUCCAGGUUGUCUUUACUGUGAGAAGAGGGACUGUAGAGAAAUAAGUAUUUAUCUAGAGCCCACUAUGGAGACCCAGGUCUUUUUUAGCUUGAGAGUAGGUAAAGGAAAUGAAUAUGCUUUUUUCCUUUUUUUAGCGAUCAUUUUUUAAAAAACUGAAUUCUAAAUUCUCUCCUUGUUCCUCCCUUCUCCUUGAGAAGGCAAGUGCUUUGGUUCUGAUUAUAUAUGUGAGAUCGUGUCAAGCAUAUUUCCAUAUUAGCUACAGUGCAAAAGAAAUCACAAACAAAAUAAAAUAAUAAAAAAGGUUUUAAAAAAAUAUAUAAAUGUUUCAGUCUGCAUUCAGAAUUCGCUCAUUAGUUCUCAAGAGAUGGACAGCAUUUUUUAUCUUGAGUCCUUUGGAAUUAUCUUGGAUCAUUGUCUUGAUCAGAGUAGCUAAUUCCUCAAUUGAUCUUCCUUACAGUAUUGCAGUUAUCUAUGUACAGAGAUCUCCUGGUUCUGCUCACUACAUCCUUUCAUAUGUCUUCCCCAAUUUUUCUGAAACCAUUAUGCUAAUCAUUCAUAAUCGUAUAUCACAACUUGUUCAAUCAUUUCCCAAUUGAUAGGCAUCCCCUUGAUUAACGAUUCUUUGCCACCACGAAAAGAGCUGAUAUACAUACUUUUGUAUAAAUAGGUCCUUUUCCCGGUUCUUUGAUUUUUUUUGGCGGGGGGGGGGGGGGGGGGAGGGCAUACAGACUUAGUAGUGGUAUUACUGGGUUAAAGAAUAUGCAGUUUUAUGUGCCUUUGGGCUUAGUUCCAAGUUGUUCACCAGAAUGGUUGAAUAAACUUAUAAUUCCACCAAAAGUUCAUUAAUAUCCCAGUUUUUCCACAUCCCCUACAGUAUUUGCCAUUUUCCUUUUCUGUCAUGUUAGCUUGUCUGAUAAGUGUGAAGCAGUGCUUCAGUGUUGUUUUUCAUUUGAAUUUCCCUUGUCAAUAGUGAUUUAGAUACUUUUUUAUGUGACUAUUGAUAACUUUGAUUUCUUUUUCCAAAAUGUAUUGGUUCAUAUCCUUUGACCAUUUUUUAACUGGGGAAUGGCUCUUAUUUUUAUAAAUUCUUACUCAGUUCUCUAUAUAUUUGAGAAUUGUGUCUUUAUCAGAAACUUUCUGUAACAAGUUUUUCCCAAUUUUUCUGCAGUUAUUUUAAAUGGAAUUUGUUUUGCUAUCUUUUGUUGUGUUUCAUUGGUGAUGCUGAUGAAUCAAAGGAAUGCUGAUGACUUGUAUGAGUUUAUUUUAUAGCAUACAACUUUGCUAUAUUUAUUUCAACUAGUUUCUUUAGUUGAUGUUCUUUUAAGAUUGAUGUUAUCUGCAGUGAGUUUUGUUUCUUCGUUGCCCAUUUUUAUUCCUUCAACUCCUUUUUUCUUGUCUUACUGCUGUCCCUAGCAGUUCUAGUACAAUACUGAAGUGGUUAUAAUGGAUAUCUUUGCUUCAUCCCUAAACUUAUUGGGGAAGUAUUCAUUUAUGCUUAUUACAGAUAAUUCUGGCUCUUGGUUUUAGAUACAUACUAUCAUUUAAGAAAGACUUCAUUUAUUCUUAUGUUUCUUAUAGGAAUGUGCAAAAUUGCAUUUUAUCUGAGGUUUUUUUUUAAUCUAUUGGAAUAAUAAGAUCUUUUUUGUUGUUAUUGAUAUAGUUAACUAUCCUGAUUGUUUUCCUAAUAUUGAACCAGCCCAGUGUUCCUGUUAUAAAUCCCAUCUGUUCAUCAUAGUGUAUAAUCUUUGUGAUAUAUUGCUGUAAUCUCCUCAUUAGUACUUUAUUUAAAAAUGUGCAUCAAUAUUCAUUAAGGAAAUUGGGUUAUAGUUUUCUUUCUCUUUUUUUACUCUAAUAGAUAUCAAAAUAAAACAAAAUUUAUUUCAUAAAAGGAAUUUGGUAGGACUCUUUACCUGUUUUUGCAUAUAGUUUAUAUAGUAUUGGGAUUAAUUGUUCCUUAAAUAUUCUAUGGAUUACAUUUGUGAAUCCACAUGGUCCUGGGGAUUUUUUCUUAGGGAAUACAUUGAUGACUUGUUUAGUUUCUUUUUCUAAGAGAAAUGAUCCUAUUUCCUUUUCUAGUAAUCUGGACAGCUUAUGUUUUUAUAAAUAUUUAUCAGUUUCACUUAGAUUGUCAGUUUUCCUCACUUAGAUUGUCAGUUUUCCUGGCAUAUACUUUGAGCAGAAUAAUUCCUAAUAAUUGCUUUGUUUCGUCUUCACUGGUGGCACAUUAAUCUUUUUCAUUUUUGAUAUUAGCAAUUUAGUUUUCUUUUUAAAAUUAAAUUAACCAAACCUCUAUUUUGCUGGGGGGAAUGGUUAAAUAAAACCAGCAUCUAGUUUUAGUAUUAGUUCAAUGACAUUUUUCUUUCAAUUCUAUUAAUCUAUUGAUUUUCAGAACUUUCAUUUUGAUGUUGAUUUGGGAAUUUGUUCUUUUUCAAGUUUUUUUUUUUACUUGUGUGCCAGGUUUGAUGAUCUGUUCUUUCUUUUAUUGAUAUACACAGUUAGGAAUUUAAAAUUUCUCCUAAGUAGUACUUUCAUUCAUCCCACAAACUUUGAAAUAUUGUCUCAUCAUUCUUUUUCUUUUUUUAUUAAACCCUUACCUUCCGUCUUGGAAUCAAUACUGGGUAUUGGUUCCAAGGUAGAAGAGGCUAGGCAAUGGGGGCUAAGUGACUUGCCCAAGGUCAUACAUCUGGGAAGUGUCCGAGACCAGAUUUGAACCUAGGACCUUGUUUCUCCAGACCUGGCUCUCAACCCACUGAGCUACCUAGCUGCCCCCCUCAUCAUUCUUUUUAAUGAAAAAAAUGAUUUUUUUCUGAUUUGUUCUUUGAUUCAUCCAUUCUUUAAGAUUAAAUUAUUUUAUUUCCAUUAAUCUAUGCUUCUAUAAUCCUUUAAUAAGUAUAAUUACUCCUGCAUUAUGGUCUGGAAAGGGUGUACAUCAUAUUUCUACUUUUCUUCAUUUGAUUGUGAGGUUUUCAUACUCUAAUAACAUGGUCAGUUUUUGUGAAGGUGCCAUAUAAAGCUGAGAAAAGGUAUUCUUUUGAUUACCAUUCAGUUUUCUUCAAAGCUCUAUCAUAUCUAGCUUUCUAGGAUUCUAUUUACUUCCUUGACUUCAUUCUUAUUUAUUUUAUGAUUUCAAUUUCUUUAGCUCUGAGAGAGAAAAUUUGAGGUCCUUCUUGAAUAUAGCUUUACUGUAUUUCUUCCUGUAAUUCAUUUAACUUUUACUCUUAGAAUUUGGAUGCUAUGCCAUUUGGUACAUAUAUAUUUAGUACUGGUAUUAAUUAUCUGUGGCACCUUUUAGCAAGAUGUCAUUUCCUUGCUUAUCCAUUUCAUUUAGUUCUGUUUUUGCUUUUGUUUUUUCUGAGAUUGUGGUUGCUACCCUUGCCUUUUUAACUUUAGCUGAAGCAUAAUAGAUUCUCUUCCAAGCAUUUAUUUUAACUCUAUGUGUGUUUCUCUCUGUUUCUAGUCUGUUUUUUGCAAUCAAUAUAUUGUUGGAUUCUGGUUUCUAAUCCAUUCUCCUAUCAGGUUCCUUUUUAUGGCUGGUUUUAUCCCAUUCAUUUUCAGAGUUAUAAUUACUAACCCUGCAUUUCCCUCCAUUCUGUCCCCCCCAUCCCUCUGAGGUCUGUUUUGCUUCUGACCAUCACCUUUUGUCUGCCCCCUUUUUCUCCACCACCUUUUCCUCUCAUCUAUCUAUCUUAUCCAAUAAGAAAGAGGAAGGGGAAGAUAGAUUUCUGUUACCAAUAGUAUUUGUGGGUUUCCCUCUUUGAACCAAUUUAGAUGUGAGUGCAGUCCAAGUAUUGCCCAGCCCUUCCUCAUACCCCAUUUUCCUGCCACUGUAAAAGUUCUUCCUUAUACACCUUUUUUCUAUGAGAAUUUUCACCAUUAUUUUCUUUACCCCUUCUCCCAAGGCAUCCCUCUUUCUUGCCUAUUGUAAUAGAAAGAUUUGAGAGGGAAACAAGAGGAAGGAUUGAGAAGAGACUAUUGAGAGGGAGGAUGGGGGAAUUGAAGGAGAUAGGGAAAUGGGGAGAGAGAAGAAUCUAGUUUGUAAACCCCUGGAUCACCCUUUCUUACAUUACACGAUUUUUUUACAUCAUCCUAAUGCAAUCAACUUAUUCUCUCAUUCUCUUUCUAUGUGGAAUCUUUCUAAUUACUUUAAUAAUGAUAACAUUCUUAGAAGAUACUUGUAUCAUCUUCCCAUAUAGAAAGGUACAUAUUUUAAACUUAUUAAAUCCAUUAUGAUUUAUCUUUCAUAUAUACCUUUUUAUGCUUCUUUUGAGUUUUAUAUUUGAAAGUAAAAUUUUCUAUUGAACUCUCUAGUCUUUUCAUCAGAAAUACUGGAAAGUCCUCUUUCAUGAAAUAUCCAUUUUUUCCAGGAAGAAGAAUUUUCAGUUUUUCCAGGUAGAUUGUUUUUGGUUGUAAUCCCAGCUCUUUUACUCUUUUUUUGGAGUAUUUUAUUCUAAACCCUAUGCUUCUUUUAUGUGGUAGCUGCUGAAACUUGUAUGAUCCUGACUGUGGCUCCAUGGUAUUUGAAUGAUUUCUUGUAUGCUGCUUGAAAUAUUUUCUAUUUCACUUGAGAGCUCUGAAAUUUGGGUAUAUUAUUCCUGGAAGCUUUUAUUUUGAAAUCUCUUUCAGGAGUUGACUGAUGAAUUCUUUAAAUUUCUCUUUUACUCUUUGAUUUUAGAAUAUCCAGAACAGUUUUUCCUCAAUAAUUUCUUGAAAUAUGAUGUCAAAGCUGUUUUUAUUAUCACGGCUUUCAGUUAAUUCAGUAACUCUUAAAUGAUCUCUCCUUUAUCUGUUUUUCCAAGUCAGUUGUUUUUCCAAUGAGAUAUUUCACAUUUGCUUCAAUUUUUCUUUCUUUUGACUUUGUCUUAUUGUUUCUUGGUUUCUCAUGGAGUCAUUAGCUUCUGACUUGUCCAAUUUCUAAUUUUUAAAGAAUGUUAUUUUCUUCAAUGACUUUUUGUACCUCCUUUUCUAUUCAACUAAAUUUGUGGAAUUUUUGUCAGGCUUAUGCCUUUUUAUUUGAGGCUUUGUUUGUGCUUUUCUUGACUUCAUUGUUUUCUUCCUAGUUUCUGUGUUGACUUUUCCUAUCACCAUAAUACUAUUUAUGAUCAAGUUCUUUUUGUUGUUGUUUGCCCAAUAUCUUAAUUUGGAACAUUUUGUUAGCUUCUGUUCCUGAUAUGGGAGGCAAGGGGCUCUGUCUCAAACCUCAAGCUUUUUCAUAGAAAAUUGCUAAUUUCAGAACUAAUUAUAGGAAUUUGGAAGUUUUCAAUGUUUGUCUAGGUGGUAUAAUCUGGAGGGAGAUGAGUGCUCUCUUUGUACCCUUCUACUUACUCAGACCUAUGAUCCUUUGGGGUUGCAAUUGAUGUUCCUUCUCAGGGCCUCACCUUACUUGGGAUCAGAAAAAAAUACUUUUUUCCAGCAUCCCCUGAGCCCUUGGAGCUGGAAAUAAUACUACUCGGAAAUGGAUAUAGAUCAGGGGUCCCCAAACUUUUUACACAGGGGGCCAGUUCACUGUCCCUCAGACCAUUGGAGGGUCGGACUAUAAAAAAAAACCAACAACACUAUGAACAAAUCUGUAUACCACUGUCUGAGAUAGCGGAGGCUGCAGCACUGGCUGUGAUGGGCCUGUCACACCUUGCACAGGCCCAUCACCGCCACCACUAUACCAGGCAGCAGUAUACACAGUGCAGAAUCCCCUCCCCCAGAUUGCCAUUCACCUUGCUAUGUCUUCCAUUGUGCAACCACAUAAUUCUUUGCGAGGUGCCUCAUUCUUUCUUGUUCAGUUACUCUCAGAACAAGGCACCACACAAAGGAUUAUGUCACCAGAAGUAGUACUGUAUGUGAAUGAUGCUGCACUUUGUGGCGCCGCCACAUACAGUGUUCCUCUCACUGACCACCAAUGAAAGAGGUGCCCUUUCCAGAAGUGUGGUGGGGGCUGGAUAAACGGCCUCAGGGGGCCGCAUGUGGCCCAACAGCCGUAGUUUGGGGACCCCUUAGACAAUGGAGUUGCCUCUCAAACCCAGUUGCUCUUCACCACAGCUGGAAGAAUCAGUCUUAACUUUUUGUUGGUUUUUUCACUCUCGAAUUUGAUUUGAGGCAUUAAAGUUGUUUGGAGGAAAAUGUUGGGAGAGCUGGCUGAGUACUUCUCUACCAUCCUGGCUCUACCUCCCAGAAUAAGCAUUCAUUUAAUGCCAACCAUGGAGACCUAGCUUUAGAAUGGGAGGGAAAUAAGCAUUUAUAUAGUACCUGUUAUGGAAUCAUGGGUCAUCUUUAGAAUGAAGGGCAGAGAAGAGGGGAAAAGGAAUAAGCAUUUGCAUAGAGUCCACCCACUAUGGGGACCAGAUCAUCUUUAGAGUGGACGGGGAAAAGGGAAGGAAAUAAGCACUUACACAGCACCUACUCUGUGCCAGGUACUGUGCUAAGUCCUUUUUACAAAUAUUAUCUCAUUUGAUCUUCCUGGUAGGUAAGUGCUAUUAUCCCCAUUUCACAGUUGAAGAAACUGAGCCAAGCAGAUGUGAAGGGACUUGCUAAAGUUCACACAGGUAGUAAGUGUCUGAGUGAAGAUUUGAACCCAAGUUUUCCUGACUCCUGAGAGUGCUCUGUACACUGGGCAACCUAUGUACCUAUCUUUAGAGAAAGAUAAUAUUAUCUAGCACUUAUAAAGCCGGCAUUAAACACAAGGUAAUCUCAUUUGAUCCUCUUAGCAACUCUGAGAUAGGUGCUAUUGUUAGCCACAUUUCAGAGAUGGAGAAAUUGAGAAUAGUCACUAAGACAGUGUCCAAGAUCUUCCAAAGUUUGAAUCCCACACUCUUUCCAUAUUGUCACCAAACUGCUUUUUAAAAGAAUUUUCUGAAAUUCUUGCUACAUUCCCAGAAUUGGUCUGAGAGAAAUAAGUAUACUAAUUGUCCUGUCCUAAGUAGAAGGAAGGCAUGUCAGUAGUGCAUGCAUUUUAAACUCUUUAAGCAUUAGAGAAGAUGGAUUUGUAGUGAUCCAUUGUACCUUCUCCAAGUUAUGGCUAGGUUUGGGGGAAAAUGCAGUUCCAAUAAUUUAAAGCCUCCAUUUUGCAGGGAAGACCUUGGUUGCUACAAAAUAAGCCCCCAUAUUGGAAAAAGACAGCUUUUCAAUGCCAUCUGUGGCCUAAUUGGUCUCAUUGAACAGAUUUGAGGGAGAGUUAGUCCAGAAUAAUUUUGAGGGAGAGUUAGUCCAGAACCUUUUAUUUGAAAAAAAAAAAAAGAGAUAAUUGAAAUAAUUAAUUUGAAUGAAUGAAAGAGCAUUUAUUAAGCACUUACUAUGUACAAAUAUUUAAUAACUUUAAAUUAUCUAAUAACUAUUUCAAUUAUGUGUGUAUAUAAAACAUUCUUUUGUGAUUUCCAAGAACCACAAAGCAAUUGAAAUUUUUAUAAGGAUAUUUUCUAAUGGAAAAAUACUUAUAUAGUUUAUAGGAAGUAUAUGCAAAGUUUUACAAGUGCUCUGAGCAAAACAACAACAAAAAGUUAUAAAUAACUGAAUCAAAAGUCUAGACCUCAAGACAGUUCCAAUGUAUUUGUUUUGUUUUUCUUUUUAUACAGCAUGGUGUUGGGUGCAGAGUGGUCAUUCAAAUAAACUUGUUGAUUGACUAUGUCUUCUCACUUUAAAAAGCUAUGUGCUCAAUAAUUUUUAAAUGACAUGUUUGAAAAUAAAAUGUUGAAAGGGAAAAACUGAAAAUUAAAGAGUUAUUAAAUUUUAGAGAAAUUUGUUCAUAUCUCGUAUAGAUUUUCAUUUUUCCAGAUACUUUAUUAUGUCUAUUAUUUUUAAUGGAAGAUGAUUGAAAGUGAAAACCUGAACCAAGACGAUAUCGUUAAAGAACUGUGCACAUGCAAUGGUUUAUGUUUUGACGCAAUUGAUCAAGAAGGACCAGAAACUUUGAAACUGGAGAUGUUUUUUUCAGGGUAUCCAUAUAUUGUAGGGUUAGCAUCUUUUCCUAAUUUAACAAGUCUCACAGUAGUAGCUCAAAAUAUUUCCAGAAUCUCAGGACUCGAGUCAUGUUUAUUACUUAAAGAACUUUGGAUUGCAGAAUGCCAUUUAACGAAAAUUGAAGGUUUACAAGAAUGUAAAAAUUUGGAAAAACUAUUCUUGUAUUAUAAUAAGAUUACCAAAAUAGAAAAUUUGGAACUACUAACAAAGCUAGAGGUCAUUUGGUUGAACCACAAUGGAAUCAGAGCUAUUGAGGGUUUACAAACUUUGAAGAAUUUGAAAGACCUUAAUCUUGCUGGAAAUUCUAUAACUAGCAUUGGACAAUGCUUGGACCUCAAUGAACGAAUAGAGAGACUAAACCUGUCUGGUAACCAAAUAUGUUCUUUCAGGGAACUCACUCACCUAACCAAGUUACCCCUUUUAAAGGAUUUGAGUCUGAAUGAUCCUCAGUAUAAACCUAAUCCAGUUUGUCUGCUCUGUCAUUAUUCUACACACUUGCUGUAUCAUUUGCCUCGUCUUCAAAGACUUGACACAUUUGAUGUGUCACCAAAACAAAUCAAAGAACUGGCUGAUACAACAGCAAUGAAGAAAAUAAUGUAUUAUACUAUGCGAAUAAAAACUGUUCAUAGGAACCUUAAUGAGGAACUUGAGAAGCUGAAUGAAAGAAAAUGCAAAUUGCAGAAAUUGCCUGAAGAACGUAUAAAAUUAUUUAGUUUCAUUAUAAAAAAUCUGGAAUGGGAAUUAGAAGAACUACGACAAAAUGGUAAAAUAUACAGUGAAAAAUCUCAUCAUGGUAAAAAGGCUCACUAUGAGAAAUCUAGCAGUGAAAUUGCCGAGGAAGCAAAUUUUGAAAAGAAAUAUGUUGAAAAACGAAAUGCACUCAAUGAAAGAAUAGCAUUCUGGACCAAAAAAUUAGAUGAAAUUGAAAUACUUUAUCAGAAUGAAGUGAAACGGAAGAAGAAAAAACAUGGUUUACUAGUGCCAUUUUUGUUCAUUGAAUUGGAAACAGUGGGGAAUAUCCAGUUUGAAGAAGGCUCAACAUCACAUGACUGGUUUAAUUGCUGCUAUGAGUUAAUUCUGUCACGGUUUUGUACCUGGGACUUCAGAGCAUAUGGUAUUACAGGAAUAAAAAUAAAUCGCAUUUUUAAAAUGAACAACCGUAUUCUGAGACUGAAAUUUGAAGAGAAAUUCCAAAAGUUUGUGGAAAAUGAUGAUGCAAAUGAUUCAGAGAACCACCGAAAGAUGAUGGAAUACCUUUUUUAUGUUUUUGAUCCAGAAGUUCCCCUAAAGAAAAAACAACUGCUGCAAAUGCUUGAGAAAGGAUUCAAAGAGAGUGAAACAAACAGGUCUCACAAAAGAGAAGCUGUAAUCCUUGCUAACAGUCUUAGUCUGUGUGAAUGUCCCAGAAUCGAAUUUAUACAGAAGCAAAUGAAAGAUGAAAAGAAAAACUCUCUUGAUCCAGAAUUGUACAGGCAUGGUAUACUCAUAAUGGCAAAAGUUUUUCUUGGACGUAGCAUUCAGGCUCGAGAACAGGAUUCUAUCUGUAAAGUCAACUAUCCACUGGUUAAUUCAGUAUUCAUGCCUCGGAAAUGUGUACUAAGCUCCUUGUUGUCACACAGAAACUGUAACUGCAACCUUCGGCAGAGCAAGUGGUUUGUGUUUGAUCAUGACUUUGUCUUGCCAGAGUACAUUAUUGAAUUUGAGUACAUAUCACUGGUCAAGACUCAUUCUUUAUUUUCUACACUCAACAAUGUUAUUGCAGAAGGAGCAAAAAAAAAUCUAGAUGGAUCAGUAUUGUCUCAUGACUUGAAAAUUGAUGAGGAGGUUAUAGAAAUGGAGCCCAAGUUAAAGUCUAGAACAAAACUUAAUAAUUUGGAUGAAAAAGUAAUACUUUCAUUUACCAAGUCUAAUGUUUACAGCCAAAUAAUGAGUCUGAAUCUUCAUGGAAACAGCUUGACUAAACUGAGGGAUCUUUCCAAGUUAACAGGGCUCCAGAAACUUGUGAUCAGCUUUAAUGAAUUUACAUGUUUAGAUGAUGUAUACUAUUUGUAUAAUCUUGAAUAUUUGGAUGCAAGCCACAACCAUGUGAUAACUCUUGAAGGAUUCAGAGGUCUAGUAAAAUUGAAAUAUUUAGACUUAAGCUGGAAUCAACUGAAAAAAACUGGAGAUGAAAUUAAUAUUUUAUGCAAACAUACUUCAAAUCUUCUCAAUCUUGAUAUUCGACAUAAUCCUUGGCAGAAGCCAGCCACAUUAAGACCAAGUGUUAUUGGCAGAUUAAAGACUCUUACCCAUUUAAAUGGACUUGUGGUUACUGAAGAAGAAACAAAUGCAGCUAUCAAUUUUAUUGCUGGAACAAGGAUUACCCAGAUAACCCUCUCACACCAUUCCAGGACUGAGGAAGUUCGACCACGAAUACUUAGCAUAUGGCCAUCUGCCAAAAUCCUAACCCAGAUGACUAAAUCAGAACCAUUUUUACAUAUUAGUGGAAAUUGGUAUUCUAAGAUAACUACCUUAAACUUGGAUGGACAAAAUCUCUUUGAAAUCACUAAUUUGGAAAAAUUGGUGAAUUUGCGAUGGGCAUCAUUUUGCAAUAAUAAUCUCACAAAAAUUGAAGGUUUGGAAUCUUGUGUUAAUUUGGAAGAGCUCACUUUAGAUGGAAACUGCAUCUCAAAGCUAGAAGGCAUUUCAAAAUUGACCAAACUAACCCGUUUCAGCAUAAAUAAUAAUCUCCUUACUGGGUUGGAAAAGCACAUCUUUGAAAAUAUGCUUCAUCUUCAUUACCUUUCACUUGAGAAUAACAAGAUCACUUCAUUGAUUGGUUUACAAAAAGCUUAUACCAUAAUUGAAUUAUAUAUAAACAAUAAUUUUAUCGCUACCAAUCAAGAGAUUUACAAUUUAAAGGGUUUAUACAAUCUCAUCAUUUUAGACAUGUGUGGAAAUCUUAUUGUAUGGAAUCAAGAAAACUACCGAUUGUUUGUAAUCUUUCACCUUCCAGAUCUCAAAGCUUUGGAUGGAAUCUCAGUAGAAUCUCCAGAGAUUGAGAAUGCAAAAGACUUAUUUGGUGGCAGACUUACUUCUGACAUGAUUGCAGAAAGGCAAGGACAUUCAAGCUUCACCCAAAUGCAUGAGUUAAAUUGGACAACAUCUACUAUCAGAACCGUGGAUCUGAUUCCAGUGGAUCAAUUCAGAAAUAUAAGUAAUGUGAAUUUACAGAACAACAAUCUUACCUCAUUCAGUGGCUUAAUCUAUCUGCCUAAUGUGAAGGUAUUGUGUCUCAACUAUAAUCACAUAGAAUCAAUAAUACCCCGAAUAAAGCCUCAGACUCACUUAAGCAAUAGGCAGCUUCUCUAUCAGAAGGUAACCUCCAGUGGAUAUGGACAGCAAGCACUACCAAAAGGAAACAGGGAUUCAAGUCUUACAGAAAAUUUGCCUCCAAUAAUGCAGAGUUUAGAAGUUCUUCAUUUGGGAUACAAUGGAAUUUGUAAUUUGGUACAGUUGCAGCUCAACAGACUAAGAAAUUUAAAAUUUCUUUUUCUCCAAGGCAAUGAAAUUAGUCAAGUUGAAGGACUUGACAAUUUGCCAGCCCUUCAAGAAUUGGUACUGGAUCACAACCGCAUCAGAGCUAUUAGCGACAGUGCCUUUGUUAAGCCUAGUGCUCUUGUGGCACUUCAUUUGGAAGAAAACAGACUACGAGAACUGACCAAUAUGCAGCCUUUGGUAAAAUUAGAAAAACUAUACCUAGGAUAUAACAAAAUUCAGGAUUUGAUAGAAUUGGAAAAGCUUGAGUUUAUUCCUUCUCUCAGAGAGCUUACAAUAUAUGGCAAUCCAAUUUCUCGUAAAGUUUCACAUCGACAUAUGCUGAUAUAUCGAUUGCCUAACUUACAAAUGUUAGAUGGAAUUGCUGUAAAUUAUGAUGACAGAGCAAGAGCUGAAUUUCACUUCUCUGAACCCCAAACAAGGAAAAAUUCAAAGAAAAUUUCACAGCCUACAUAUUAUUUCAGUAUUCUAUUUUACUAUGGAGAUGGAAGAGAAACUCUCAUCCAGAAGUCGCUGGGAGAGUGGGGAUGAUGUUUGUUCCUGUUGCCAGCUCUCCAGUGGACUAUGGACAAAAUGGCCAAGUGAAAGCUCCUCCCAUAAAGAUAACAAAUGUAAUUCUGCAUGAAGGACUUGGCCAUUACUUCGGAACUGACUUCACAUUUACUCCUG